AUGACUGUUCGAACACCAGAUGAGGAGAAUUCCCCUCAAGAGGCUCCCUUUCGGGAUGUCCCCGACCGAGCCUUUGCCAUCGGGCUUGAACCUAUUGUCGUUACCAUGUCUAACGUGAAUGGCGAUUCCGAAACAAGAUCGGUAGCUCAAUCGACCGGCGGGGAUAUCGAAUCCAAGAUGAGUGCCUGGGUAUGCGUCUUAGGAUCAUUCCUGUGUCUUACACCAACAUUUGGCUUCAUGCAGUCCCUCGGAACCGUCCAGUCGUACCUCAGCCUCAAUCAGCUCAAGGACUACUCUGAGGGUGAAGUUGGAUGGAUCAGUGGCAUGUUUCUAUUCCUAUCCCUGGUCUUUAACCUUCAAGUCGGCCCCUUAUUCGACGUACACGGUCCCAACAUUAUCGGUCCAGUUGGGGCGCUUCUAUACGUCGCCAUCUUCAUUUUCAUGGCCGAGUGCAAGACAUACUGGCAGUUUAUGCUAUGUCUUGGCGUGUUUGGAAGCAUUGGUGCUGCCAUGACAAUGGUUGUUGCUGUGGCCAUCGUUGGAAAGCUGUUCAUCCGUCGACGCGGCCUGGCUAUGGGCAUUGCCCUCGCUGGUUCUUCAGUAGGCUCCGUCAUCUUUCCCAUCAUCUUCCGGUACACGUUCCCAAGCCUCGGAUGGAAGUGGUCGAUGCGUAUCAUGGCCUUCAUCUCUGCUGGUCUUCUCAUCCCUGCCAUGCUCUGCUUCAUCCCCUUCAACAGAUUACACGGGAUCACUUCCGAUGGUCAACCAAGACCCAAGAGCUCCGCCCUCAACCUGGCAGCCUUCAAGUCACCCGCCUUUUGCUUCGUAACAGCUGGACUCUUCAUGCUCGAGUUUGCCAUCUUUAGUAUCGCUGGUCUCCUACCGUCUAUUUCUACUCGAGCGGGCUUCACUCCAGAGGAUGGCUAUACUCUUUUGGCUAUUAUCGGUUCCACGUCGACGUUUGGUCGUAUCAUCCCUGGCCUCAUCGGUGACCGGUUGGGGCACUUCAAUGUGCUUCUCAUCUCGAUGGCCUUUACUAUCCUGUGCAUGGGCGUCAUGUUUGUUCCCUUUGGUACCACCUCGGCUCCUGUACUUUAUACCUGGAGCGGACUCUGGGGUUUUGGAUCUGGUUCCUUUUUAUCGAUCACUCCAGUAGUUUGCAUGGGCAAAACAUGCGAGACAAAAGACUAUGGGAGAUACUAUGGCACAAUGAACUGCGUCAUCAGUUUCGCCCUCCUCAUCGCCCUCCCUACCAGCGGUAGCAUGCUCGACAACAUGGGCGCUCAGGCUCUGGCAGGCCUUCUCACGGCCGUCGUAUUUAUCGGAGGAGCUUGCUAUUUCGCUGCACGAGCUCUUCUCAUCGGGCAGUGGCUGUCUCCCAAGACGAAGAUUUAA